AUGACAAAGAGUGACAAACAAUCGUUUACGGGUUGGGUGAGGGCAAUUCAGGAUUUAGGGCAAUUGCUUCAAAACGGCGCAGUGUGGGAAUUUGCCGGCUGCGUCCGUGGUGAUGAGAGCUGAGAAAAAAAUGAGAAUGGGAACCGUCUCGAAGGACUCCCGUCAGCAGCACGUCUCUUCCAUGGAAACUCGUUCUUCCAGAAGGAAGAAAGUCGCUGCUGGACAUGGGAGUCUCUCAACGGCGUGUCUCAUGCGGAGAUCGACCAUAUUCUGACAAACAGGAGAUGGUGCCUACUUGACAGAUCGGUAGUCUUGUCAUUCUGUACUGGUUUCGAUCACCGCCUUCUUCACGCGAAAAUUCGAUUCAGCCGCAAACUGGAAAAGAACUCUCUUCAUCGACCACGAGGAAAAAGUCUAGCUGUAUACGACGAGAAUAUUCUGAACGAAGUCUUGUCCAAACGUGACUGGCAGAUUAAAGAAGACCCGACCGAAGACUACGAGCUGCUUGUCGAAUGA